CUUUCCGAGCAAAAAUCCAACUCCCGCUCUAUUUUUUUCACAUUCCAUCUCUUUGGCGCGCCUUUUUUUCCUUUUCCAUCGCCGCUCACUCAAUUUCGAUCUGAUUCUCUUAAUCCCUCCCAAUCUCUUCCAUAUCAUGUUAUGUCCUCUAAUUUAGAGAUUCCAGCCAACGAUUAAUUCCAAGAGAUCGUGGCUCCUUCCAUCUAUCUCUCGGUUUUUUGGUAUAGCUAUCUCUCUCCAAGACGACUCUACUCUCCUCACACCUCUCUGUUUCUCUCUCUCUCCAUCGCUCGACUGAGAGACAGACCAGAUCGACGGCCAUUGAUUCGCAGCAGCUCUCUCGAUCUCUCCCCUGUUCUCUCUCUCUCCCCCUCUCUUGACUAAGAGACAGAACCAGAGUACUUUCCAGAGAUCAUACGGCUCAUCCCAGCAGUACACGACGAUUGAGUUAAGUUCGACAAUAUGAACAAAGAAGAAGCUGAGGGUGGAAGAGAUGACAUGUUAAUUGAUGGCUGUAAACCUGAACAGAGGCAAUGGAAUGCUGUUCCUGAAGGAUUUAAUGCCAAUUAUCUUAAAUUAUAUUAUGGAAAGCUGUUUCCAACCAUUGAUUUCUUUAAAUGGCUGUCCUAUGGAAAUGAUGGGAAGCAUCCGGCUUGUGAUCCAUCCUACUUUGGCAGAAGAGAAUUUUCCUUAACCCUGGAAAAUGAUAUAUAUUUGCGGUUCCAGUCAUUCAACAGUGCAGCAGAGUUGGAGAAUUCCAUCAAAGACAAGUGCCCAUUUAAAAUUGAUAUUGGGCCUGUAUACAGUGUAGAUCCUGCUAAAAGACAUGCCUAUGCACAAUCUGGAGAUAAUGUUUUCACCCCAGUGGAGAGGGAGCUGAUUUUUGAUAUAGAUAUGACAGAUUAUGAUGAUGUUCGAUAUUGUUGCUCUGGAGCUGAUGUUUGCCUUGACUGCUGGCCAUUGAUGACCCUUGCUAUUAAAGUAAUUGAUACAGCUCUUAGAGAUGAUUUUGGUUUCAAUCACAUUCUUUGGGUAUAUAGUGGUCGUCGUGGUGUUCAUUGUUGGGUUUGUGAUGGGAGAGCAAGAAGGUUAAGUAACGAACAGAGGGCUGCAGUUGCUGAGUAUUUCCGCGUCUACAGGGGCAAUGAAAAUAAUCAGCAGAAAGUUUCUUUUCAGGGUGCUCUUCAUCCCUUUCUAGGAAGAUCAUAUACAGAAGUUUUGAAGAUUUUCUUUGAGGAGAAAUUGCUUUGUGGUCAACAGUUGUUUGCAACUGAGGAGAGAUUCGAAAAGAUUUUGGAUAUGAUUCCCGAACAAUCUAUUGCUUCUAAGCUUCGGGGAAAGUGGCAGGAGAGCCGUCGGUCGUCUACCUCAAACGAAGACAUUAAUGUUGUUCGGUGGGAGCAACUAAAACAUCUACUACAGUCUGGAAAACAGAAGGGGCUUUGGAAGUGUGUUGAAGAGAUUAUAUUCACUUAUACCUAUCCCAGGAUUGAUAUGGAGGUUUCGAAACACAUGAAUCAUUUGCUAAAGGCACCAUUUUGUGUGCACCCAAAAACAGGCCGUGUUUGUGUUCCGAUUGACCCCAGCUGCUGUGAAGAAUUUGAUCCUACAACUGUACCAACCCUUUCCACGCUUCUGGAAGAACUCAACAUGGGCGGUUCAAGAGUUGAAAUUGACAAUGAAUUGGAUAGAACUUCACUUGGCAAAUCAAUCAGGUUUUUCAGAUCAUCCUUCUUGCAGCCUCUACUGAAGUCUUCCAAGGAGGAGAUGGAAAGUUCAUACAAUGCCAAUAAUCAGCAGUCCAAAAACUCGUUAAGUUGGUAAUGUUUCUCAUAUAAAUUCUGUUACCAUGUUGCCAAUGUUGGUUCCACAUCUCUCUGUUCUACCUCUGAAAUAGAGGGGAAGUUCUAAUGUUGUAUGAGACUAGUAAAUAUCUCACUCAAGUAUGUAAAUAUCAUGUAUUCCUCCCCAACGGAAAGAAGGAAGGAACAAACACUUUUUGUUUUAUCAUACUUAUUACAAAGCCUAUGAUAUAGAGGUAGAUGGAUUUUUUAUGCACCAUUUAAAAUAGUUUCUGACCA